AAAUUGAUUGUCCAUAAACAAAGUGCAUAAAAAAUACAAUCAAUCGUAUUUCUUAUGCAUUUAUGUUAUGCGUUAUGCAAAAGUCUGUGCGGGGACCUUAAGAGAGAAGGUGGUUGCUUAUUGGAAAUAGCGCUAGUGUGCAGCCAGCCUAUAACUGCGACAGCGCUGUGAUGUGUGUGUCGCGCAGGAUCGUGCAGGAUCGUGAAGACGAUUGGCAGUUUAUUUCUGAGAUCAGCGAUACAAGUUUCGACACGCUUCUUCUUGCUCGCCAACUCGGCCACGACUGUUUGAUUUUCGAACACAUUAUUUACGUCGACAUUAGUAUUCAGUCAUUACCAGUGUGUGCUAAUUAGCACGGUGUGCUGUGCACGUAUUACAGAUUAUAGAAAAUAAAAGUAUAUAUACACGCUUCUUCUUGCUCACCAACUCGACCACGUGUUGGAUUUUCGGACACGUUGUCUACGUCGACAUUAGUAAUCAGUCAUUACCAGUGUGUGCUUAUUAUCACAGUGGGCUGUGCACGUGUUACAAAUUAUAAAAGAUAAAAGAAUAUAUACACGUAAUGGCAGACAAAGAGACAGCCGAUUUAUUAAAAGCAUGGGGCUUUGAAGAAACCUUCGUUCAACAUUUUGAAGCGCAAGCAAUUAAUAUAAGUUUAUUAGAAUGUCUCACACAUCGUUUAAUUAAGGAACUAAUUCCUAAUAUUGGGUUGAGGAUGCGUUUUACUAUGAAAUGGACAGAACAUUUUAAGAAAGAUGAUAAUCAAAAUCAAAAUACAUCCGAUACGAGUAGCUGCGAAUCCUCUUGCGAAUCAGAAGAAACACCUCUAAAGAAAAAGAAAUUAAUUGUUGGGACACAAACAUAUAAAAGGCUUCAGCGUCCUACUGUCCGUGAAAUAUUGAAAGAAAACGCACAAGGUGCUUUAAUACUACGAAAUUAUGCAAAAAAUAAAAUACUGACAAAGUAUUGCCGGCACAUGCUUGUUGAAUUGAUCAUUUCAAAUAUUAUAAAUACUGUUAAAGGUACAAUUAAUAAACACGAUUUUUUGCAACUUGCGCAAGAGAUAGUUGAAAUAUUUCCAUCGGAGGAUAUAAAUUUAUAUUAUAUUGCUCCAGUUUCUAAAAAAGAUUCGUUACAUAGAAAAUCAGUGUCUGUACGAGGCAAACUUGUAGAAAAAUAUCGAAACAAGUUGCAACAAAAUAAACGUAUAUUAAUAUCAGAUUUUUCAGAUGUAACAAGCACAGAUGUAGAAAGUGAAAUAUCUUCUGGUAAUUACUUUAAUGUUUUUUACAUAUUGAGUAUAAUAUUAAUAUACUUUAUUUUGCAAAUUAUUUCAUGUUUAAUUUCGUUUUUAGUUUCUACAGAAGUAUUGGAUGCAAGCGUAAAAUGGUUAGAAACAAAUAGAGAACCAUGGGAAAUGGUCGAAAAUCAUUGGAAAGCUACUGCAACUAUUCGUUUAAAAGACGCUGAAAACAAUCGAAAUAAGUUACUUUCGGAUAUCUUUGAAAAAUGGCCGAUUUUAAUACACCCAAUGGGCUGGUUAUUAAUUGUUCACGAUUUUCAAUAUUUAGAAUAUUGUACAACCGAAGACGGUAUUAGUCAGUGGCCACAAUUCUUUUCAAAUGUAGCAAAAAUUUGUCCUCUUGAAAAAAAGAAAAUUUUUCGCGCACGUGAAUUAUUUCAAAUAAUAGAAAGUGAUAACAGUGAUGAGUCUAAAGCUAUUGCACAAUUAUGCGCAUUACCAUAUAUGAUUCCUCCCAAAGGAAGAAUAAGAACGAAAGAAGGUCAUUGGAAACCCUCAAUGAUAGAAUGUGAAGAAAGUCUUGUGAUACAUGCAAAGACUGCUGGAGAUAUAACCGAGAUUCGAGAACAACGGAUCGAUGCUAUGUAUCAAAAAGGAUUGACGGUUCAACCCUAUAUAAUUGUCGUAGGACCCACCCUGGCUGAAAUAACAUCAUUUUUUGUAUCCGUUGACAAAGUGUUAUAUAAUAUGACAUCGGCCUUUAAGGCAAUUGAUACGUGCUUCAAGAUAUUUCAUGUAUUAAAUAUUGAAUAUCCAACAGCAAGUAAUCACAUUUGGCUACUAAUUCAACGUGAGUUGUAUAAAUUUACUACUAAAUAUGAUAGAAAUUCUUCAUUCAUUUUAGAAGUAAUAAAUGCAAUGAAAAAGAAUGAAGCAUAAAAAAUAAGUAUAAGUUUAAUAUUUAGCGAUAAGUUGUUUAAAAUACUCAUUUUAAGUGUUUAUAAUUUUAAGGAAAUUUUUUAUAAUGUAUUGUUGCCCGUUUUGCUUUGAAUCGUAUGAAUGCAUUACAAGUUUAAAAACUCAUUGUAAAGUUAAACACACAAAAACACAUUCUAUUUUUCGAUGCCGACAGAAAUUGUCAACAGGAAGAACACAAUUAUCUUCAAUAACGUGUUCUCGUUCCUUUACCGACAUUUAUAGUUUUUUAAAACAUUUAUCCAAAACUCAUUCGAUAAACAGUAAUACUGCAUGCGGAAAUAGUUUAAAAAACAGUAUGGAAAAUAAUAUAUAUCAUCGUAAUAAUAUGGAAGAAAUAACAAUUAAUUCCUCACAAUCUAAUAGUAUGAAAGAAAUAACAGUAGAUUCUUCACAAUUAAUGCCAUCUGUUUCUCAUGUCACUAAUAACAGCGAUACUUCUGUUAAUAUCUCGGUUACAGAAUUUGCAGAGAAGAUUGCACAAAGUUCAACCUUAUUUGUUGCAAAUUUAUACUCUCGACCAUCACUACCGCGUGCAUUGUGUCAGGAAAUAAUCGAAUUAAUAAAAAAUCAAUUAAAUUGCGUUCAAAUACUA